UGUCGCCUCGCAGUGUAGCAUGGACUCGUGUGGCGCACACUUCUUUUAAAAGUGGUAGCACGCGCGGUUUCGAAUAUUUGCUUUUAUUUUCGGCGUACUCAGUUACGUAUACGCGAGUGACAGUUGACGAGUGUGUAAUGUUUGCCGAUUGACAAUCCUUCGUGUGAUAUGAAUCGAGAGAACGAAGAGAAUUCGCGAAAUUUCACCGACCUAGAGUUUCUCAUCCGUGAACGGUGCACUCGUUUCGUACGCGGGGUUCUGUCCUAUGCGCAGUAAUUAUGACAAUUCGUUCGAUCUGCGCACGUAUCGAAUUUGUGGCGUCAAAGGGACAACUUCGCGUUGUAUCGACAAAUAAAAUUUAAACGCGGAGAAAUAAUGCGUGAAUCACAAUCGAAAUAGUUUGUGCGAAUUUUAUAAUCGUGUUUUGUCCUAUUAUCAUCGUGUUUAUCGCGUUUUUAAUAAUAUGCGAGGAUUAGCAUUCGGUACACGAUUGCGGUAUUCGAACUUCCCGCUUCGAGCGUUCGAUAUUUUCGAGCUUUCCUCAUCGAAAUUUCGAUUCUCGCGGUUUGCGAAAAUGUGAUCGAAUGGCGUGUCCCGCGUCGUGCGACGGAUUUUUCGUGGCCGGAAAACGCAUAUUUUCGUGAUCAAAAUGACGGUGAACCGAUCGGUGGUAACAAUAGUGUUAAUAUUAGUGACUUUCGUGAUUGUGUUAGUGCAUAUGAAGGAUGUGACGACACUGGAGUACGACAAUCUUCUUUUGGCAAACGAGACCAACGCCAGGCAUCGCGUCCAUACAGAGUCCUCGAUCGGCGAUCAUCGUCAGGGUCGCAUGCCCCUCCAGGCCGAGCUACCGUCGUCCAAGGCGAAGAGGGAGCAAGCGCUUCGCAGCAUCCUCGCCGCGAGGAGGCGGCAGAUGUUCAGCCAGCGGCCAAUCUCGGAAUCUCGGAAUCUGAACCGCACACCGAGACCGUUCGACGCGUCCUCGAAAGACGCGGCGAUCGACGUUCUCGAGGCCCAGGAGACGAGGCAUGGGAUGUACGUAACCGCUGCCGCCGCCGGCAAACCGGCAGACGAAGAAACAUCGGGCAGGGUGAUGGACGGGGGCGAGGCGACGUCGAGCAGGGAGUUGGGGGACGAGGAACGGGGGAAACGGAUCGUCGAGCAGAGUUCAACGGGGAGAACGGGGAACGUCGAGGAUCUCUCGAUCGGCGACAAGAGCUCGUUGUCCUCCACCACGUCAUUCUCGUCCCUCGUCCCAAAUCAAAAAUCAUCGGACACUUCGGAAACUCGAGGAAAGAACACGGUCCCCAUGCCGGAGUCGCUCUACAAUUAUUUCAGGCCGGUCGAGAGUAACAUACCCGUCGAGGACAUGUCGCAAUUCCUCUACUUCGGCCAGAAGAUUCAACCGGAAAUUCAGAACGGGACGAGUAAUAACAACGAUACGGCCGAGUCGACGGCCACGGCGCCGACCGCGGCCAACUCCAGGAGAAGGUACUCGAUGAAGAGGAAUUUCGGCGCGACGACACCGGUACCGGUGGCCAGGUUGGAGGAGAUGAUCAACGAGGAAAUGAACAUCGCUGUGGAACGGCAGUCGGUGGAGAAGAACAAGGUGUCGAAGAUGAAGAACGCGUUCAGGGGAGGGGAAAACGGGGUUUACUACAGGAAGGCGAGGCCUGCGGAGGCGACGAUCGCCUCGAACGUUAUUGGAACGGGAAAUGGUACCGGUGGUAGAUCGGACCCUGUCGCGGAAAAUAAAUUUCGCGACGAUAACCCGUCCGCUCACGUGGACCACGGGAGAGGAAGUGCCGCCGCUGCCGCUGCCCACGUGGCCGCUGAAACGUGGAAUGCGACCAACUCGACCCAGAUACCGGGCGGGCAGCCCGUUUCCGUCGCGAUCACGCGCGAGCGGAACGGGGCAGAAAGUGAAACGAAGCUGAAAGACCGUGCCACGGACGCGUCGAACAAAUCGAAACCCGUAUCCUCGACCGUGAACGGAGUGGAGAACGCGAAACCGUCCAAGGUUUAUCCUCGAAAGAGGAAGAGCAACGAUCCCGUCGCGUACCUCGAGGAGGAGACAGCCUUCUCGAGUCCUCGGGAAUCGUUGGAGGUGGACGGAAGCGUGAUCGACGAAACGAGCUAUCAUCGACGGACGACCGUUGCCUGCCGCGAGAGCAACAACAUCGAGACGUCGACUUCGAGGGAGAAGCUCGUCGGCCGUCCCUCCACCGAGCCGUUUCGAAUCGUGUGGACGUCGCCGGAAACGUCCACCCUCCGCAUCGUGGUGACGGAAGGGAGGGUGUUGGACGAGUACACCGUUAAACCGGUGGUCGAUUCGACGGAGGGACGAGUUCCUACCUCGAGCACUCUGGCGGGAUCGAGCGGGAUCGAGGGGGCGCGUUGGAAGGGGCGGCAGAAGCAGCAGCAGCAGCAGCAGCAGCAUGGAAGGGUGGAGGAAGGGAGCGGCGCGUUGGCGCGGGAACACGAGCGGGAUCGGGAUGCACGGCAUCGGGAAGAAGAACAGCAGCACCAGCAGCAGCACGUGUACGCUUACACGAUAACGAACGUGACGCGGCUAUUGCGCAACUACACCGGACCUGGGUUAAGCAGAGAGGAACAAGGAGGUCGAGAGGCGAGCACGGGUACGACCGAGAUAACGAGCGGAUCGCGGCGCGAGCAGGCAGAGGCAGAGGCAGAGCCGCGGCCGCGGCCGCAGUCGCAGCCGCCGCCGCCGCCGCCGCCUCCUCUUCUGCCUCCUCCUCGUGGCGGCGGCGCGGCGGGUAUAGAGGCAGGCCGAGCGCCGGCGGAACUCAGUGCCGGCACGACCGUCGAACCAGCCGCAGCCGGUGGCGAAGCGUCCGCUCACCUGGUGGGGGAACGACAGAGGAAAGUGGUCGUUGCAGUCGGUGCGCACCAGUCGCAGCAGCAGCGCGCGGUCGGCAGAGCGCAGUUGCAGCUGACCGCCGUAAACAAGAGCGGGCCGAGGUCGGCCAAGACCGCGGAAGCGUAUCAUCCGAGGGGCGGCGUGCGUUGGAGUCGCGCGAAGCCUAGGAGCACGGAGAUCGAGGGGCUGAACGAGAGAAGGUUUCUCAGGAAGUCGGCAAGCGCUGUGCUGAAUCAGAGGAUCGGGGCUGGUCCCGAGGGAGAGGAGGACGGGGCGGCGGCAGGGAAGAGGAGGAGGUUGACAAAUGGCCAGAGCCAGAGGAGGAUCAAAGGGACGAGGAACGUAGACGAGGAUUCGGACGCGGCGAGGAACAAGAGCGGUUCGAUAGCGGGGGACGAGAGGAAUUCGAGGGUCGGGGCGAGGAUCGAGGAUGUGACGAUCGUGAACGGGAGCGGAGAGGAUAUGAUUUUGGAAAACGCGACAGUGGCGGAUACGACGAGCGGUGUGACGAUGCAGCAGAGAGUUUCGUUCGUUCCCUCCGUGGAAACGGAGACGGUGGUCGAUUCGAGUGGCGGUGGUGGUGGUGAUGGUGGCGAUGGUGGUAGCGGUGGUCCUCUUCCGACAACGGUGAACGCGACCACCACGGACGAGGGCGGAAGUAGGAAGCGAGCGGAAGCGGUGAGCAAGGCGAGCGCGUUCGAAACCAAAGACGAAACCGUGGGGCGGGCGAGUGAGAGGGAGAGCGUGGACGUAGCGAGCAGCGGCGGUGGAAUCGGGAAGAGCGGCGCGGAUAAUGGUACGGAGAACGGAAGCGGUUCGCCGACCGUGACAGUGACCGCGGCGUCCGACGAAACGAUCGUGGCCAAAGAGACUACCGCGCCGUUGCCGGCGCCCGUUUUCCCCGUUACGCCCAGAAUGAUCGCGAAAGCGGCCCGAGACCCGAUCGAGACUUUCACCUCAAACCCGACCGAGGCCCCGAACCGAAUCACGGAUACGAAAACGGUGGCCGGCCUCGUCGAUCCUUCCGACGCGGAAAAAGUGCACGAGUCUAAGGAUCGCGGGAUCACGACCAUGACCACGACCGCGGGUGCAACCGCGUCCUCGUCCAUCGCCACGACGGAAGCGUCAACGACCACCACCAUCACCGCCACCACCGCCGCCACCACCACCACCACCACCGCCACCACCACACCCUUGCCCACCGUGCAAAUAGAGAUCUCGACGAUCGCCCAAGACCAAAGCGCGACGACCAGCGCCGAUUCGAAGGAGUCGAGGCCCUUGGACACGCCCUCCUCGAUCUCGGCGGCAGACUCUGAUGACGGUGAUGGCAGGCGAGGGUCCGGCGAAAGGUCGCCGGAAGUGAGAGGGAGGAAUCUGUCGGACAAGUCGCAGGACGCGUCCACCGACAAGGACGACGUGCUGCCCAUAAUGCAUCUGUACAACACGUCGGACAUCUUCAACAACAGCGGCCCGGUGAACCCGUUCUCCCGGGGAGCCGAACGGCGGCCGGAACACCCGCUUCCGGCCAAGCAGCCCUCCGAGCCUUCGAGAACGAGCGAGAAAACCAGCGACACGAUUACACCGAGGAACGCGGAGAGUUGGACCCGUGGCCCGGACACGAGGAAAGGGGACAGGCACGAGGAGGUUGCGGCGAGCAACCAGGUCCCGGCUACGGGCCCGGGUAGAGGAUCGUCGAAUAGCAACGGAAGUGGGAAUCGCACGAGGCACAGGACCGUGUAUCACCAUCCCAUCUUGCCCGAAUACAACACUUCGGUGUAUCCGAGCGAGUUGAACAGGACGUUGUUCGAGACUGGGCUGAUAUCGGUCAGUCCGAGGGAGUCGGUGAAUAUCAGUGAAGUGAUAUCGAAGAGGCACGACGGGGACGCGAUCGCGUCCCAGGAGACGGUCGCCGUGGUCAGCUACAUCUUGGCGACGUUGGUCGUGUUCCCGAUCGCCGUCGGCGUUGGCCUAAUUCUUAGAAGACUGAUACUUAGGAAUCGUAAGGUGCUGGAGGAAUCGGAUACGUCGUCGGAAAUAAGUUGCAGGAAGGAUGCUUUGAAUCUCGAGAAUGGCGACUUCAAAACGUCCAUCGAGAAGGCGAUCACGAAACUUCCCAGGAUACAACACUUGUGUCACGAAGCGGAGAAACCACCGCCCCCUUCGUCUCAAGAAUCCAGAUGGGAGUUUCCUAGAGAUAAGCUUAGGUUACAGACGGUCCUCGGCCAAGGAAACUUCGGCCAGGUCUGGAAGGCUGAAGCCGAUGAUUUGACAGGUCAUCAAGGGACGACCCGUUUAGUGGCCGUGAAAACGGUGAAAGAGGGUGCUUCCGACCGUGAGAAGGAGGAUCUGGUUCGAGAACUGGAAAUCAUGCAGCAGCUUGGCAGCCAUCCGAACGUUGUCACUCUUCUGGGUUGCUGUACGGAACAAGAGCCUCAUUAUCUCAUACUCGAGUACGUGAUGUACGGGAAAUUGCUGGCCUAUCUUCGAGAUCAUCGCACCAGGCAGGAUUUCUACAAUUUCAGCGAGGACUCAGCGGCGCUUACAUCCAGGGAUCUCACCGUGUUUGGGUACUGCGUGGCGAGAGGGAUGGAGUAUCUUGCGUCGAAAAAGAUCAUCCACCGCGAUCUCGCCGCGAGGAACGUGCUCGUGGACCACAACAAGCUGUGCAAGAUCGCUGACUUCGGUAUGUCCAGAUUCGCGGACGGGGAUGGAGAGGUGAUCGAGACGAGACAUGGCAGAAACGCGUUGCCGAUAAGGUGGAUGGCGCCCGAGUCGUUGAUCUACUCCCUCUUCACCACCAAAACGGACGUGUGGAGCUUUGGGAUCUUGAUGUGGGAGAUUGUCACCCUGGGUUCGACACCGUACCCGGACAUGACGGCACGGGAAGUGAUGCGGAACGUGCAGAACGGUUAUCGACUGGAGAGGCCUUCGCACUGUCGAAGCGAGCUGUUCAGAGUGAUAUCCAGGUGUUGGCACGCCGAUCCGGACAGGAGGCCGGAAUUCCAAACGUUGAGAAGGGAUCUGGCCCAGCUUCUCGAGGACAAUAUGAACGGACAUUACGUGGACCUCGAGAGUUUCGCAUCCGAAUGCACCGAUUGAACCGAUUCGUUUCGAUUCGAAGCGAGAAUCCCUUGGAAAUUAUUUAUCUUCCAUUUCGACGAUCGAUCGAGGGCGUCGCGCGUGGAUCUACAUCGAUAUCGAUUAAUGGAUAUUGAAACGACUCGAAUACCUUUGAAAUCGUAUUCGUUUGUAAGGUAUCGACACUUAAUCGAUAAUUGUACGAGUGGCGUGAUGUUUCUGUUCAUGUGUAGCCUGUUGCUGGAGGAAAACUGUAAACUGGUUUCUUUUACACGCGAUUUUUUUUACACGCUUUGACAAGGAAAAGCAGUCGAUUGUGAAAAUCUUUACGCAGAAUAGGUCUUUGUAUUUAAAUUUUUGUUAUUUGAUAUUUAAAUAUUCGUGAAGAAUUGUUAUACAAUCCGUCCAUGUUGUUCUAAUUUUUUUUUUUCUUGUAAGGAUUUUAUACUUGGAGGAAAUUUCUGACAGAGAGAGAGAACAUCUGUAGAUUUUAUAUAUUGUAACUUUUUGUAAAAGUUUUCUGGAACUAUGACAAUGCCCUGUUCUUCGAAAUAUUUUGACGUGGGUGCAUACGAAGAAAAAGUGCUAAUACGUUGAAUAUGAAACUCGUGAAAGACGAGUUAAAUAUUAAAAUAUUUUUGCAUGAGAUGCAAAAUGAAGAAAGGACAGAGUGGUUGCGUGAAUGUUGUUUCGGCGUUGAAAACCAAGAUAAAACGAAUGAUCUAACAAUGCAAAUAUGAAAAUAGAAUAAUGAUAUGACAUGUACAGUUAAAGAUAAGACCCGUGUUUCUUCGCUGUUUCUUUUUUCCAACGAGGAGAAAACAUCUAAGAUUCUUUUCUAAGUAUUUCGUUUAGUAUUAUUCUAACGUAUCUCCUCUCCUUGUUCAAUCAAUGCGCCAGUCGUCGAAGAUUCGUUCCUAUCGGUGUUUUUCGUUAAUAGUUUUAACGAUUUAUCGAUAAUAAAGUAAUGCUGUAAAUUAAACAAAAAAAAAAAACAUGCUGUAAAAAAUGUAGAAACAAAAAAAAAAGAAACAUCGUUUGCUCAUAGAUAUGUAUAUUUAACGAAUAAUAAUAAAAAUAAAAAAAUUGCUCGAAGAAAAGCUCCGAUAAACGAUCAAUUGCACAAUUGCAAUCAAACAUGAAUCGAGUAUCACAAUGUAUCAAUCGAGCGAUCUUCAUUUUUGCUCAAAAAUCGCAAUCGUCGUCUCGUACGAUAAAAUUAUCUCGUGAUAAAAUCAUUUCACGUAGAAAAUUAAAUCAACAUUUAACUUUAUUUGAAAGAAAUAUAAUGAAUUUUAUAGAAAACUUUGAGCAAGGGUGUAUAUCGUUUUAUAUGUGUAUUAUAUAUUUUUUCAUAUUCUUUUCCAUUGUACAUAAACGCAUCACGUCGAUCAAAAACAAAAUCUUGAAAAAAAAAAUAAAUGCGAUCUUUUUCUAUCGUUCCAUCAUAGUUUAUAUCGAUUAUUGUAACAAUAAUUAUUAUUAUUAUUAUUAUAAUUAUUAUUAUUAUAAUAAUUAUUAUUAUUAUUAUUAUUAUUAUUAUUAUUAUUAUUGUAUCAUCAUUAAGCACGAACGUUUACAAAAGUUUCAAUCGUCGAGUUAUAUUCUUAAUCAUUCUAGUCUUUCUCGAUGCGUGUGGGGUGGCGAUUGGUCCUCGAGCACGUGUAAAUUUUAUUAAUUCUUGUGGAUUGUGAUAUUUUCUUUUUUUGUGUCUUUUUCUUUUUUUUUUUUUCUUUACAUGCGUAUUUUAAAAACCGAUCAAAGCCCCAUCAUUCGCGGUUGAUUAUUUUUAUUAAGUUUUCUACGUCAACGUCGAUUCAAAGUUCUCUUCGAGAAUUUCAACCUCGCUUCCGAUAAUAUCGAAGAGAAGUAAUUAUUAUUUUAUUUUAGAUUUUAUUGGAGACGUUGCUCUGCGAUCCGAUUGUAUAUACACUAUUUUCCUAUUUCCUCUUUUUUUUUUUUUUUUUUGCCUAUUGUUCUUUGUUACACCCCCCCAUCCCCCAAAAAAAUACAAGAAUAUUGUAUGUAAACUCAAUUAUUAUAAGAAGUUUUUUUUUUGUCAGUAAACGUUGUCGUAAAUCCCA